AUGGCUACUUACAUCUUACGUCGUGGCGGGCGAGAACAUUGCAGCCCGCAGAUAGCUAAGCCAAGUCUCACAUCGAAACAUCCACCAACUCGACUACUUUCUUCCUUUGUGUUGAAAGAACUUAUACUUUGUCUCAAAUCCUACUUCCUUCUCUUCUGUCGCGAUCAUCCGGGUCCUAGCAGAGUCGCUGCUUUCCCAAUUUCUUGUCGAGUCCUUUCACAAGCCGAGUCGAGGGUUGUAGCCGCGCGAGGAAACUACACAAAGAAGGAACGUCAACGCCUGGGCGCAAGACAGAGAAUUGCCGUCAAGAUGGCAGACGGCAUCGGCAUUUGGAAGAUGGAUAAUGAUACGAGAGGAUGGAUAAUGUGUACUGUUAGUGGAAUUGCAUGCAUGGUAGGCGCGGGAAUUGUGUAUAUCGACAAAAUCAUCCAGCUUUUCCCGAGCAAGAAGAACUUUCGGAUACAAGAGAGUGAUACAUUUGCAGCUGCCUCGUUGAGCUUUAGUUUUGGGGUCAUGAUCUUCAUUGCACUUUAUAGCAUGCUACCAUCGGCGAAAACCUCGUUCAUUAAAGGCGGUCUUUCUACAUCUACCGCUGCGUGGGCCAUCCUUGGAGGCUUUGUCUGCGGAUUUGUGGUUAUACAGAUUGUCUCCCGAUACAUCCACAGCCAUAUACCUUCAACAGAGAAGGAAUGCGAACCUCCGUCACACGACUUCCCACACUCGUUUCAUGGCUCAAGAAGGAGCUCUAACGGUUCGUACGAAUCCGCUGAACCAGACAACACCGACUUGAAAGUUCCCCGACGCAAUGGUCGCGCAACGGAAUCCACACCACUUUUGUCAGAGGAGUUGAAUGGAAGGCAUCCAGCUUCAGCUAUAAACCAUUUAACGGGUACGGAUGGCACAUCGACUGUCAAAGGAAAUAACGAUGAAACCUCACGAAGGCCGUCGAUGAUUCAACUCGGCAAAACCCGAGCACUCUCUUUCUUGAAAGAUACAAAGGGGAACUGCGAUUCAAAAGGUCCUUGCUAUGGAUUCUCCAAAGCCUGUGGUCAUCAUUGUGUCAGCCAUUCUACGCUAUCCGGAGCGAACUCUCGUCGUGCUACGAUGCCACACGCCGAUACCCAUCUCGACGAUGAUUUGGAAGCUUCGACUGGCAGAUUAAGAUCUGCUACAACCACUGCUGGGUCCCGAGGUCAAUCUCGUGACCGGCAGUCUGUUGAGGAGGCACUCGAUACCAUUAGUGAAAGCCCGGUUGGGGAUGUGGAGGCACAAACGCAUCGUCAUUCCACGAGUACGGGUCAUCACCACGAAUUCGAUAACAUGUUUAUGUCGAGUGGAGUCCAAAGUGUUAUCUCAAUCGCAGUACAUAAAUUUCCGGAAGGCUUUAUUACCUACGCUACUAAUCAUGCCAACCCAGCCCUUGGUUGGUCGGUAUUUAUUGCAUUGUCAAUACACAGUAUAGUUGAAGGAUUCAUCAUGGCAAUGCCACUUCACUUUGCUUUUGGAUCAAAAGGAAAGGCUUUCUGGACAGCUUCCAUAAUAGGAGGCUUGAGUCAACCUGCUGGCGCUGGAAUCGCAGCGGCAUGGUUCAAGAUUGCAGGAAAGAACGGAGGAAACCCCAGUGAAGCAUUAUACGGAGGUAUGUUCGCUGUCACAUCCGGAAUCAUGGCUAGCGUAGCAAUCUCGCUUUUCACAGAUUCUCUAGACCACGCCAACAACAAGACGUUGUGCACUGGCUUUGCGUUUCUCGGUAUCAUUAUCAUGGGGAUGGCACAAGCUCUUACCGCAUGA